CUUCUGUACGCGUACGGCAGGGGUGAGAUUUUACACACUUAAUUUUGUCAACAAUCUUUUCAUAAUUAUAUCAUAAACAGAAAGAGUUUUUAAGGGUUGGUGGCAUUGUGUUUUAUGUUGUCAUAGUGUUUUUUCCAAGUACUCGAUCUUCUUUGUCUCUAUAACAGUAUAAGUCCAUCUUUUUUAUCUGUCAAUAAUCUGAUUUUACCAUCAGCCUCACUAAAAGUUUUUAGUAAAAGCCUCUUUCACACCGUCACUGUGGUCCCACCCCUUCAAUGUCGUGUCAGCCUAGGCCUGCGACUGGAGGGAGUAAAGGUGUGGUGGACGUGCUGGGGGGAGGGGGGUUGUAUGAGCAUUUAAUCCAUUUGGCAAAGCUUUGUAGGCUUUGUGGCCAAAUGCUCUCCAAACACCCGACAUCAUACGAAGUUGGUAAUUAUUUCCAUUUAAUAAGUCGGUACGUUUCAGUUCAGGAAGAUGACCACAACAUCCAUCCCAAGCAAUUUUGUAAGGCGUGUUACACGGGUAUGCUAUCACCAAGGAACAAAUGGGUGCCAACAGCAACCUGGGCAACACACAGACCAAACCCAAACUGUGCAGUUUGUACCAAUUCCCGAAAAAUGUCGCUUGGGGGGCGCCCUUCCAAGAAAAAAAGCACGGGUCGUCCCAAGAUAGACCGCUCAAUCAAUGCCACACUGGAUUCCCUGAAAGUAAAUUCAAGGGUGGCUGACAUUGUCAUCGACAAUGAAGAUUCCUUCAAAGAGAGGUUUGGGGUAGCUAAUGACAGCCCAUUUUGUUGCAGAAUAUGUGAAUGUGUCUUUGUUUGUCCUGUCUCAACACCUUGUGAACAUUUGUUUUGUAUGUCUUGUGUACAUAACUUGUUCGUGUCCGAUUUUUGUGUCCAUUUUUCAUGCCCCACCUGCCAUUCACAGAUACAUUUCCAGUCUCUAACUCCAGCACCCACAUACUUUCAGAACAUUCUUAAAAAAUCAGACAUAUCAUGCAAGCAAUGCAACACAAACCUCACUUAUGACAAAGCAACACAACACAGCCAUCCUUCCACUAGUGGAUCAAUAGUCGUACAUGAUCGACAUUAUAUUCACAAACAAACCAUCAACAACUUAAUCAGCCAACUCACCCCUCAGCAGAAGGAGGACAUUGGCACAGUCAUACUCAGAGAAAAGUUACAUGCUUCUAAAGACGGUGCUACUGCUGUAUACAGAACAAGAGGACAACCUCUGGUUACAAAACUAAUCACGAAGCCCCAAAAAAGUUCAGCAGACAGCACUCCAGCUACAAAGCGGAGAAGGAGCCUUCAACUCGCCAGCAUCAGGGAUGACAUCUCAGAGGGGUCAGCUGUCCAGUUCCAGCAUGAGGUCACCAUGGCUCACAGGGCAGGGGCUUUGGAUGACCCAUCUUCUAUCAAGAUCAAGGAUGUUGACAUGCUCACCAUGAGGUCAAUGCUUCGCCUUAGCUGGAAGAUGACAAGGAAACUAAAAAAAUGGCUAAAGGAGCACAACAUUGCAUCAGAUUGUGAAAAGAAGGUGCGGGCACAAGAGGCGAAAGUGAUCGGGGAUAACCUGGAGGGGGAAUGGGUUCCCCUCCAAUUCCACAAUGAGGAGAGGAAAGAGACAGAGAUCACUAAGACUCCGCUUGUCAAAGUUUCCUCAUUGGAGAGAAAGGUCAUGUCACUACUAGACGAAUACGAGAAGCUGAACCUUCUAUCCUUUGAUGACACAAGAGGGGAAGUAUGGCUGAAGGUCGGAGGGGAUAAGGGAGGUUCCUCCUUCAAGAUGAUGCUCCAAAUAUGCAAUGUGUCACGACCCAACAGUGUGCAGAACACCAUCAUUGUCCUCAUGUUUAAUGCUGUUGACAGCAUAUUCAAUCUACAGCUGGCUCUACAGGGGUUUUCUGCUGAGGUAGAACAACUAACAACUAAAACAUGGAGAGGCAGACCGUUGCGAGUAUUCCAUUUUGGGGACUAUGCUUACCUCUCUAAAAUCUAUGGCUUAACAGGUCCAAAUGGUUGUCACUGCUGCCUGUACUGUCUUGCCAGCAAGCAGGACAUGAUGAAGCUAGCAACUGAAAGAGGGGAGAGACAGAGUAGGACUCUAGCAACUCUUGAGGAACACCUCCACCAGUUCAAUCACUCUGGCUCCAAAAGGGCAAAGGACCACUUCAACGUAGUGCGUCAGCCCCUUGUUACAAUCCCCAUCGAUCAGGUAUGCCCUCCUGGACUACACAUAAGUCUUGGAUUGUUUCUGAAACACUUCAACAGUAUGGAGAAGGCAUGCCACCAGCUCGACCUCCAGACUGUGGCUUACCUUGCUCCACAGGACAACCCAGUCAACCUGUCAAAGAACAUGGUGUACAUGGUGGAGCGACAUAGACUGGAGGCUAGGCUGGCAGAGAAGGAAGAGGAGCGCAAGGAUUUGAUGGAGCAGCUAUCAUGCUUCAUUCUCCUGUAUCCUGAGGAAGCUGCUUCUCAACCACUCCAACUUCUCCAAGAAUCUGUCAAGGAAAAGGAUUCCGAGAUAAAUGAUGUGAAAGUUGCACUGAACAAGUCGAAGAAGGUAUCUGUGGCCAGUGGUAUGAUUGCAGCCAGCUUGGAUCAAGCCCUGCAAGAUAUGCAUGUUCAGAGACAGGCAUUUCACGGAAUGAGUUUUGUUGGCAACCACGUUCACAAGUGCCUCAAACCUGACAACAUCAUCAGACUUACCACAAGAGUAGCUGAUACGAUGAGGCAGCUGUGCCCAGACAGUGAGCCACUCAUCAGGGAAGCAGAACAGGUUGCAGCUACGUACCGCAAUCUUUUCACUCUCUUUGGUCGCUGUCAUGUUGCCAUCAACACAUGUGGGUUUCUGAAGGACGACAAAAUAAAUGAACUAGAGAGUAACAUCAAGGACUACCUCCACUUCUUUCGAACCAAUUUCCCCACCGAAUCAGUGCCUCCCAAAAUGCACCUCCUUGAGGAACACAUUGUGCCAUGGCUUCGAAAAUGGCGAGCAACGAUGGGAACGAUGGGGGAACAAGGAGGAGAGAGUGUCCAUGCGCAGAUAAACAAUAUCAAGAGGGACCUGCGAGGUUAUAACAAUGACCUGGACCUGCUCUUGAGGACUGUCAAAGGCCAAUGGCUGGCCAGUAACCCCCAGACAUACAAACUAUACAUGUAAUUCACCUUAAAGGCAUCAUUUAACAAUGUUAAAUCUGACAUGCAGGGCCCUAUGUGUAUC